CAGCAGCAGCAGCACAGUGCGCCAGGCAGGCAGCAGGAGCUCAGGCGUGGGUCACACCGGGGGGCAGGCAAUACAGUCCGGCAGCAGCACGGAGUGGCAGCCGAGCGUUCUACGGAGAAAACACGGUUAGGGGGAAACUCCGUAAUAAGACUUCUUGGGACUAAGGGGUAUCCUUCAUUUUGUCAACCGUGAAAGGGAACUCCUCACUGCCAAAUUUGGGAGUACCGAACCCGGUGGUUUUAGGGGGAAAAUAUGCAGUUGAAGCCCGACUCUGUAAGCCGCGCAGUUAGCCUCGGAGGCUGGUGAUGCCCGGCGUGCCGUGCGGGGAUCACCGCCCAGCAGCAGCAGCAGCAGCAGCCGGAGGGGGUCGGGAAAACAGUGCCUCGGGAGGCCGAUGAUGAUGCUGGUAAGGUCGGGAUCAUGGCUAACGGAACCGGUACCAUCAUGUUAAAAUGCGUCGUGGUUGGAGACGGUGCAGUAGGCAAAACGUGUCUUCUGAUGAGCUAUGCCAAUGACGCCUUUCCAGAGGAGUAUGUACCCACAGUGUUUGAUCAUUAUGCAGUGAGCGUCAACGUUGGUGGAAAGCAGUACUUGCUGGGACUGUAUGACACAGCUGGUCAGGAGGACUACGACCGUCUGAGGCCGCUGUCCUACCCGAUGACUGAUGUCUUCCUCAUCUGCUUUUCGGUGGUAAACCCGGCCAGUUUCCAGAAUGUGCGCGAGGAAUGGGUGCCUGAGUUGCAGGAGUAUGCGCCCAGUGUCCCCUACCUGCUUAUAGGCACCCAGAUUGACCUUCGUGAUGACCCCAAGACCAUUGCCAAACUGAAUGACAUGAAGGAGAAGCCCAUACCCACUGAGCAAGGACAGAAACUAGCAAAGGAGAUUGGUGCAUGUUGCUAUGUGGAAUGUUCAGCUUUGACACAGAAGGGCCUGAAGACGGUGUUCGACGAGGCCAUCAUCGCAAUCCUGACGCCCAAGAAAAAGAAAGGAGCGCUGAAGAGAAGACUGGGACCCCGCUGCAUCAACUGCUGUCUGAUCACGUGAUGAAUUAACCUCUCGGAGAUUUGUCAGCAACAAACCAUAAACCAAACCUGGACUGCAGGCAAAAGAGAGACAAAAGAAAAAUGCACGGACAGCAGAGUGAGACAAAAGAGAGGACUGAAAAGGACAGAACAAGAGCUAAUUUUAAGCUGCAGGGCUCUUGAAAGGCCAUAACUCUCUCCUGCUGUCCGACACAGGUUGAGGAUGCAGUUUACUACCAAAGGAGCACAAAACUCAAGUCUGUCUCUUCUUCUGAAAGACUUCUUGCCUCUGAAGUACCUUCUUUUAUAACCAUUUUUAAUCAUUUGUUCCUUGUCUUAAGCUGUCAUGCAAAGAGUUCAUUUUAUUUCUAUGGUUUGAAAGCUACAUUUGUGCAUUUCUCUAAAAAAGAGCAGAUCAGAGAAAGCCUGCAACCUGUAAAUAAUGAGAGGCUGACCUAAGUGACACUGUGAAAGUGGCCAGCAUAUAUUUCUGGGCAUAAGGACCCAGUUUGGGGAUUUCAAAUGAAGACUGUGUAAGUCUGUCUCCAAUUAUAUGCCAAUUGGGCCCUGCAAACGACAUCACACAAGAUGCAACGAGUGCAAUGCUGUUCAGAAAUCACAUUUUGGACCUGAACUGUAUUAUUUUAAAGUGUAUGAGUCUUGCUUUUGCCUUAUGAAACUUAUUUCUUUAGAGUGUGGCAUGCCAAAACAUAUUGCAAGUUCCAGGCUGAGUUUUUCAUCAGUAAUUGAAGAGAUCUACUAUCCAUUUUCUAAAUAUAUAUUGUCCAGAGUUUAUGAUUCUGUCUCUAAAAUAGAGAUGUUCUUGUCAGCUAAUAAUAACUUUUUUCUUGUUUGAUUUUUGCUAUCCUACAAUAAUAUGUUAACACCUUCAAGAAGGUUCAGAAGAUAUCUCAUUUACGAAGUUACAGAAUGAUUCACAUCCGACUUCCAAAGAAUCUAAUGCACACUUUUCACAAAAUCAUGGGUGACCCAAUACUGUAUAUCUAAGGCACAAACAUGAAUCACAGUCAGCACAGCUUCAUUUUCAGGCACAACAAAGCACAUCCCUCUGCUUUUAAACACAGUUCUCUCCCAGAGAAGGCUGACUGAAGCACAGAAGAUGCACACUGUUCCAGCAGGCACAACUAUGAGCAUAGCACACUUACCACGCACAAUCAUAGUCCAUCGAGUCUCAGAAAUACUUCAGCUUUUCAGGAAAGACACUGACUCAAGAAGGGGUUGCAUCAGCUGUUCAUAAGUUCAAACUUCACACGACACAAAGUGAAAAUGGGGUGCACAACGCAAACUUUCAUAGCAUUAGCCAACUAAACAAACUGACGUUACCUUAAAAAGGGUUUGACUCGUUACGAAUAUGGCAGACACAUCUGACUGAAAAUCUGUUUACUGUUGAAGUGUCAAAUAAAUUCUAUUUAACCAAAACAACAAAAUAUCCCUGAAAUUACAACAUUAUGCCAAUAAUGCUGGACUGAAUCACUAGCUAACGUUGAAUAUUGUAUGUUACGUUAGCAUUAGCCUGACUCACCACGUCAUUGGACGCAACAUUUUCCCGAGCAAAGAUGAUUUGAGUUGAUUUAAAGAAAUAGAAGUACAGUAGGCCGAAUUGAUCUUUUAACAAUAGCAGCAUGAAUAGCUAUGACUUAAAUCGACACUCAGAAAACCCAGGCCUAUUUCUUGCGUCACCAAGGCCAAAUGUUAAGUAAAGCCCUGUGAUUCAGAUACCUUUCAAAAUGUAACAGGUUAUCCUUGACCCAUACUACACCCUUGCAACGGUUUGAUGUGAAUCAGGCCAGUAGUUUCCCUGUUAUCACUAAAUUGAAACCAGUUCAGUCACUGAGAAGUUAUAGUAAAGGACUCUACAUACAAACUUGACAUCAAACAUGAUUGAGUUAUGAAAGGAUGGUGCAACCCCAUGUAGAAGUUAAUCUUUCAAUACAGUUUGAAUCAAAAUGAUCGCUUAAUUCAAAGUUAUGUCCUCACAUGAUGGCUUUUUACAUUAUCUAUGGAAAUGUGAGUCUGACAAGUACACACUCAGCCAAUCUUUUUGCCACACUGUAGAAACAGUCACAAUGCCACACCAAGAAUACUUUACCCGUGUAGUGAAAUCUCCUUCUACGACAUCUCCAAUAUAAAUUGAGAUUAUAUGUGAAGUUUACCUGGAUUUGGAGUUCUUCAUACAUAUAUCUCUAUGAUCUCCAAAAACAAGUGUAUGCAACAAAGGUUUAAAGCCUAUAUGUCGAUGUACUGUAGGUAUUAACUUUAGUUUGUGACUCUUGCAAGCCAAACAUCUCAAAAAUAUCAGCUCUUCUCAUUUUAAAGCAUUUAUCGGCUUUUCUAACUUUUUCAAAAGAGAUAUUAAUCAAAGGUGCCAACUCUUGCUGAAUGACUUGUGUUGACAUUGUGUUGAGUCAGAUGAUUGAUUAAAGCUUUAAUGUAAACGGUGCUCCUCUUCUCUGUCCCAGCCUGCGUUGUAUAACCGUGUCUUUGCGGGGUGAACAGCCUUCUCACCCGGACAGUUUUGCUUUGCUUACGUUGUGUGAAGGUCCGCCCUCAGGAUCCAGGACCUAAAGUGCCGCAGCCACCAAUGCAUUCUCCCGUUGAUGCUUCUCUCUUCUCAAUAAAUGUGUUUACUGUGUUAAUAA